UCUGGAAUAUAAAAGGCAAACAACAUUCAUACGUCAUUAAGUGACAACAAACGUCAAAUGUCAAUAUAUGUCGAAGUUUAGUCAAAUUUCAAAUUGUUUGACGUGCAUCCGUUACAAUUUUAUUUAUAAAAUAAAGUUUAUCGAAAAAUUAUAAAAAUCGAAUAUUUGAGUUUUUUCAAAAAUGGAGCCAAUCAAAAUUGACUAUUGUGAUAUAACUUCACAAUUAGAUGCUAGAGAAAUUCUAAGAUAUUUAAACAACCUUGGUAUUAAAAAUAUAAGUGGUGAGGCUCUUAAAUGUUUCAUAACUGACCUCAAAAAACUAAUAAAGUACGAUCUUCAACAUAAAAACGGGGACAAUGACAAUAAAUAUAAACAACCCGAGUUGAAUGGGCCUGAACGCUUACAUAGCGCUAGUACAUUCUCCUCAAGAAUUAGGUCCAAGGGAAAUGAUAAUAAAAUAAUUUGUACCCGAGAAUGUAAUGGAUUUAAAUUAAGAAAACUGCCUACAGUUAGAACAAUUAAUUCUGCACCUGCCUUAGGUAAAACCGAAACUGACAAUAAACCUCAAAGAAGAGCUUGUUCCUGUGUUCAUAUAAAAAAAAAAUCUACAGAGUCCUCUAAAGUUAUGACAAAGAAUACUCUCAGCAAUAAUUUAAUUAAGGUUCCUAUCCAGCCUAUAAAGAAAAAGAAUGACCCUGUUUCUCUCUACCACUAUUACACAUCGCUGUGGGCUAAAUACAAGUCAAAUGUACCCGGAGAGAAUAAUUGGUCGGACCUUAGAUGGAGCAUUAGACAGAAGAUGGUCGGAAAUACAGUGUCACAAACUACUAACAAAGUUACAGAUCCACAUCCCAAUGUCCACAAGAAACAAAAUACUGCAUGACUCAAUGGAUUGCAUUUAAUAUCAUCUAAAUGCCUUAGUUUGUUAAAUAUAUGCGUACAAAUAA